AUGAACCGCUGGAAUGGCGCCUACCUUUCAAAUUCUAGCAAUAUUCUUCUCAUUGCUAAGCCUUUUGGGAAGAACUUUCCAUUGAGCAUGUCCAGAGCACUUCUACAGUGCUGCGGAGCCUCAAAAUUUGCCCUCACGUCACGGGGCCUAUCACAAGUCAAGCAUAGAUUGCUGCCCUCUUUAUCGCAAACCACUUUCAAUAAUGUACAGAAACGUAGCAUUUUGUUCAAAAUGGGCAAUGAAACCCCUCCUAGAAUUGUCGGGUAUUACGUAGUCUUUCCGCACAUACCUGAUGAAACUGUGGAAAACAAUAGUUUCAUGUAUGGCAUAGCUAAAGGAGAAGACUGGCCCAAGUUGGCGACAGCAACACCAAAGGAAAUGUACGAAGGCACAGUACGGAUGCUCAUGGAGUAUGGAGCCACCUCAAUGGAACACCUCGAACUCCUGCAGAAACUACCUCAAGAGGAGCGAACGUUUGAGACUGCUGUUGAACCUCUCUUAACCGAGGAAUAUGACGUAGACUAUGCUCUCCAAACGCUGCUUCUGAAAAUGCUUACUGACUGGCCAGAAAGCAGCCGCGAACUUUUCGAUUCCGACUUGCACCAUAUCAAAAUCAUGAGUGCUCGGGAUCAUAUGGAAAAACUUUCCAACGCUGACUUCCAAGCAACAAUCAAGCAACUGUAUGAUUCCAAGGAAGGUCUGAAUGAAUGGCAAUUACGUUUGCUGGAAUGGUAUUUGUUAGAGAUACGCGCGAGUGGUUUGGAUAGAACUGAUGAAAAGACGAGGAAGUUGAUCGGAUCCUGGAAUAAAUACAUUGAUGAGUACCGCAGCAAGUAUAUUUCAAACGUUAUGGCAACUAAUGAUCAAGUUGUCUACACCAUUACCGACAAAGCAAUGUUAAAAGAUGCUCCGCCUCACAUAUUGCAAAAACUGGCAGUGGAUCCCACGCAAUGGGAGGAAGGACCAUGGCGUGGAAGAAUGACACCACAUACGAUCUAUCCCUUCAUGCAAUACUGCGGUAAUCGACAAUUGAGAGCAGAAGCAUGGAUGAAGUGGACUAGCAAGGCCUCGUUUGAUCACGACUUCUAUAAUAAUUCUCUCAAUUUGGAAGAGUUGCGGCACAAUAACGAGGGUCUUGCGAAAACGUUGGGUUACUCUUCUGUAGCAGACCACAGACUUGCUAAUAAAAUGGCAGCCUCACCCGAGACUGUUCGGAACUUCCUGAACGCGCUUACUCGUCGAAUACGACCAGUUUUUAUUGACCGGAUGGAAUCAUGGUCGGUAUACGCGCAGAUCAAGGAAAUGAUGUCAGGAGACCUUCAGGCCCACGAUUUAGCAUACAUAUGUAGGAGAGAAGCUAAACAACACUACGAUGUGGAUCCUCUCGACCUGAUGAACCAUUUCCCGUUCUGGCCUACCUUCCAAAAUCUAACACGGAUUAUCGGACAUAUAUUUGGACUCAAAUUCAAGGACAUCACCGAAAGUGGACUUGAGCGUGCCCAUCAAGACGCAAAAAUAUACUCUGUGAAAGAUACUAGCACUGGCGAACAUCUGGGACGGCUUUACAUAGAUCCAUAUGACAGGGAAAGCAAACGAGGUGGAUGGAAUACUCUUCUGGGUCGAAUGGAAUGUCGGACUAGAGGCUUAGACAAAUUGGUUUAUCUCGUUGGAUCGGCUGUAGCUCCCACUGAGAAUGCACCAUCUUUACUACACCAUCAACAACUGCAACAACUACUAUUUCAUGUGGGUCGUGCCGUGCAAAUGUUGCUUUCACGAUCACCAUAUAGGGAUAUCGCAAUCCCGUGGUCUCCUUUCUACGCCAGCGACUGGGACGCUAUGGACAUGUUUCCCGCAUUUCUACAGUUCUUCGUGUACAAACCGUCAUUACUGCAGUCACUUAGCUCUCCACAUUUGAAGAAUGGUUCAACUAUCUCCGACGAGCAAGCAAACAAUGUCUGUUUGGCUCUGUCAAGGUCAACUCUUUGGGAAUCUUACCGUUCACUAUUUUGGGCGGAUUUUGAUCUUACAAUAUUCGAAAUGGAGGACAGAAAGCAAAAAUUCUGGUUGGACUUGUAUCGAGAAAUGUCCAAGGAGUAUUUCCCUUUCAAAGCUGAUAGAAAUGACUACCAUCCGUGUUCGUUCAUUCCAAUUUUCGGCCUACAACCUUACAUGGGAAUGUAUUAUCGAAAGCUGUGGACAGAGAUGUUGGCUUUGGACAUCCAUGAAACUUUUGACUACGAAGAUGAUGUGGUCAAAACCGGUGAGCGUCUUAAAACAACCAUUCUCUCGCGUGGAUCAGGAGAUGUAGCCAAGGAGCUCUAUCGAAGAUUCCAGGGUCGUGAUCCCAGCGUUGGUGCUAUAUGUGAUUUCUACGAUCCACCAGCGUUCUACCACUUAGAUAAUGAGACGGCUCUCGGACGUUGAUUUUAGAUGGUUUUAGACUAGGUAUAGAAAUUUUUACAGUAAUGUAUAUAAAAAUUUUUUUUAUAACCUGUACAGUCAUUUUGAAGAUCCUCUAUUUUAUUUGCUCCCACUUCCUCGAUUUUUUGGUAUUACAGUUUCCUCAAUUUUCCUUGAAUAUUGAUGAGAUACUGCCUCAUGGUCCUCUUGUAGUAUAGUUAUUAUUGAGAUUCGAUUGUUACAAAUCAUGCCCAUGCUCUGAUUGUUGAUAUUGUUGUUUUAUAGCGGGACAUAAUGUGUUUCGAAUGAAAAGUUACUCCAUUUAUGAGUAAACAUUAUUAGA